CCCGGCGGAGCGUGCCAUCUCAGUGAAUGCGUCCGAGUGAGAACGCCAAGCAUUAAAUCAGGGUAACUUGAGACUGCGCUACACGCCCAACAUGCUUUCUUGGACGAUCAAGAGUGGGAAGGGUGCAUUGCUAGCGGCACUUUUCCUCUCCAUCUGUGGCAGUGGUGGCUCCACUAACGGAUCCGGGAGCGGAAAUUCGCCGGGUAGCACUGGAAAUGGUACUGGCAGCACCAACAUCAGCGAAAUAUCCGUAGAGAUCACACUUGGAUCGGGUGAAAUUCCUGGCAUCAAAGGGGCUGCGAGCAUCCCCGGCAACGGAGGCAGUGUACCAGGACUCGGAAGUAUCGGUACUGGAGCAGCAGGAAGUAUUCCAGGAACUGGAGGCAUCGCAGCGGGAGGGCUACAAGGAAUUCCUUCCAGUGGCGUUGGAAGCGUGCCGGGAGUGGGCAGCAUCGGAAGCAUCCCAAGCGCAGGCAGCGGUGCCUUGGGGAUGCCCUCGGGCACCGGAAGUGGAAGUGCCGGAAUAGUUCCAGGAGCGAUACAACCGGGCGUCGGAUCUGGCGACCUCGGAAGUCCCACCGGUGGCCUGACAGGUGGCGGAGCAGCCGGAGGCGUUCCAGGUGUUGGAAUUGCGUCGGGAGCCGGAGCAGGAGUGGGCAGCGAUGGAAGCGGUACCACAGAUGCCCAACAGGUCGAAGUUGUAGUGAAGAUUAAUGACGAUGGCAGUAACGGUGGAGCAAGCGGGUGAAUGGGGCGUGACAGGCGUGUGCCAUGGUCGUAAAUCCAUUCGAGACGAGAAUAUAGAUUGCGUGGAGGGAGUCGAAGAGCUCGCCAGAAAAGCGACGCUGCUGGAUCAGUGUAGUACUUCUGAUAACAUGCACCAGCAUUUUUAGGCGAAUAUUUGCGCGCGGUUGAAGUUAAUGUACGUACGUUGUUGUCGCCAUGUUGGAAGGGUGCUGGCGUUCUUGGGGUCUUUUGUCACAUUGGACGAAUAAAAAUGAAUAUGUAGCAAAGUCUGGGU